UAUAUAUAUAUAUUAUUCGUAUUGAUGAAACGCAAACAAGUUGUUUCAUCUUCCUAAAUUAAUAUAAAAUAGUUAACGUAAUCAAAAAGACUAUCAUGUCAUAUAGGUUAUGUUUACUUUUACGUGUUAUACAUCGAUUUGUAAUCUUGUGACUUAUGUACAGCUCUGUAUUAUAAUUUAUUUAUUAUAGUUACUGUUAUUUAAACAAUUUCAUUUUUAUUUAAAGAUUUAUAAGAAACAUUUAUUAAAUUUCUUUAAUCUUCUAACAGUAAGAAAUAACACAAAAUUAUGGAAACAUUUCUUACCGCAUCAAAAACAGCUCUAAAGAAAUUAUCUGAAUACUAUACGAUCCGUAUUGUCCUUGGAAAUCAAACUUGCGACUUAGAUUCAGCAGUUUGCGCUUUGUCUCAAGGAUUUUGUGAAUAUUUGAAUGAAAAUAAAAAAAAUGAAAAAGAAGGAAGUGUUGCAGUUAUACCAAUUUUAAAUGUUAUCAAGAAAGAGUUUCGAAUUAAAACUGAAGUCAUUUAUUAUUUCCGCCAGCAUGGAAUUUCAGAAGAACUUUUGACAUUUAGGGAUCAGAUAGAUUUGAACAUUCUAACGGAAAGUAGGGAAAAUAAAGUAGAAGUUGUACUCGUGGAUCAUCAUGUCCUGGCGAACGAAGAUAGGACGUUGGUCAACUCAGUCGUCGAGAUUAUCGAUCACCGUUCUCAGGACGUAUCCUGGCCCUGGCAUGGGAAAACGAUUCACUUAGAGGCGGUCGGCAGCUGCGCCACUCUCGUCGCGCGCAACCUUCUCAUCAAACAUCCCGAAGCCGUCGACGCGUGGCUGGCAAACUUCUUACGAGGUCCUAUAUUAUUGGAUACUUGCAACUUCUCAAAAGAAGCAAAUCGUACCGCAGCUCUCGAUCGCGAAAUUAUGGAAACUCUCGAGAGAAUCUCGUCCCUUGGUUCCGAUAGAAACCAAGUCUAUCAGGGAGUACUUGCAGCAAAAACGGACAUCAGUGAAUUAACACCCGAUGAUCUCAUACUCAAAGAUUUGAAGUUUGAAAGUGGUGUACCAUUUAUUGGUCUUCCGAUAUUAAUCAAGGAUUUCCUCACCUUGGAGGGUACUCUACGAGCUGUCGAGAAGUUCACGGAAAGCAAAAAGUGUAUGCUUGCUGUCCUUAUGGGAAUGGACUUGAAAAACGACCACGUGAUCAGGGACAUCGCGGUCUUUUCGUUAUUGACCAAUGGUCUGGAAAAUAAAAUAAUCAACGCGUUGCUCGGAUCUACUCAACCUCAGUUAGAACUCACGUUGGAAAAACGGAUCAAAGAAGAAAAGUACAAUGUAUAUCUUUAUAUACAAGGAAACAUUUGCGCGUCACGGAAGCAAAUAUUACCGAUCAUAAGGGAAACAUUGUCAAAAGAGCGGGCUUGUUAAUGGAAGGAAAUGUAGAUAUUGUGGUUGAGAUAAGUUGAAUAUCUAACUUGAAUAUUUAUCACGCAUUCAUCUGUAAUUGUAGCCGUCAUAGCACGCUCGAAGAAAAAAGAAGUGACUAAUUACUGGCGUAAAAGGGUCCACCUGCGUUUCACCCUCCGCAUCCCUUUCUAUUUAUCUUUCCCUCGUUUUUCCCCUCUUUCCGCUUUUUCACCUUUGUUUCUUGCUCUUUCUCUUUCUCUUUCUCUUUUCUCUGUCUCUCUUUCUCUUUCUCUCUUUUUCACCCUCUUUCUCCCUCUUUCUCUCUUUCUCUCUCUCUUCCUCCUCCCCUCUCUCUCACUCCAAGUUCAAUCGAUCGUCCUGACAUAAACGUCCAUUAUUUGAUCGGUGGUUUUAACCGAGCGGCGAACGUGGAACGAUAAACGUUAACCACACUGUCUACGCCAUUUCCGUAGUUCUUUUGAUCAUCUUCGUAUCAUAGAAUUAUGUUUCUAUCAUUCAUAUCGUGUAACCUUUGAAAUGUUAACAACGGUUUGUGAAAAUAAAAAUAAAAUACUGACAUAGAUUAACGACAAA